AUGGCACAGUCCAGCACUUCUCCCUACCAGCUAUACUACAACCCCUUCUCCAUCUGCUCGCUAAUGGUCCUCUACACAUUGCGCCUCAAGGGCCCGCCCCGAUCACCUGCGGACGCCGUCGAGCCCGAAGAAUGCUUCAUUGACAUCUACACGGGCGAGCAGAUGUCCGAGGUGUAUCUGGAGAAGCAUCCGAAAGGCACGGUCCCUGCCCUCCUCGCCCCGUCCCUGGGCGUCAAACUGAUCGACAGUGCGGAUAUCACACGGUACCUAUGCGAGCGGUACCCGAGCCUCCUCCCAUCCGCGCACAAGCAGACGAUUGAAUCCCUCCUCGAGCAACUCCACAACAUCUCCUAUGUGACCAUCUCGUUCAAGCCCGAGGACCGCCGGACCGAGGGCGUCAUGGAGGCCGUCGAGGAGAUCAUGGCUCGGCCUGAGACGUCGCCGAGAUAUCGUGAGAUGUUGCGGCGUAAACUGGACAACCACCGGACCAAACUCCAACAGUUCGCCUCCAAGAACCAGUCCAUCGCCACCGUCGAGGCAGAGUCUCGCGCCUACCUCUCCAAAAUCAGCGAGCUGCUCUCCAAGCAGGGGCGUGACCAGAAGUGGAUUCUCGGCGACGAUGUCGGUCCCACGGCGCUGGACGCGCACACGGUCGUCUUCGUCGCGCGACUCCUGGACGCUGAGCGCGCACAUCUGAUCCCGGACGAUGUGCUUGGGUAUGCCGGGCCAAAGUUGCGGGAAGGGGAAUGGGUGGGCAUCACGGGGGGGAAUCCGACGCUGCAUACGCUGUGGGAGAAGCAGCAGAAACAGCAGCGUCAGGAGCAGCACUAG